AUGGCCGACUUCGACCAGGACGACUGGGCCCUCCAGCAAUGGUUUGACAAUACCACCCACAUCAGCUGGGCCCACUUCGCGCCCGGCUCUUUCGAACAAGCAAUCUUCUUUAACCCGACCCCGGUCUCGGCCGCUCCCCCACCCCCAGCCCCACCCGCACCCGCACCCCAGAUCUACUACAGCAGCCCGGACUCUUUCUACUCGUGCCCCGACCACGCUUCGGAAGAUCCACGGCCACUGCCACAGCCCGAGCCCGAGCCCGAGCCCGACCCGGAAUCGGAGUGUGGACUACCACUGCCACUGCCACUGCCACUGCCGAAGCGACUACGCCACCAGUCUUCAGAGGAGACGAUUCUGGUGCGCGCCCGCAAGACCAGAAAGCUGAGGGCGCCGCAUGAAACGGCAAAGGUGCGAGAGAAGGGUGCCUGUUUUCUGUGUCAGAAGAAGAGGAAAAUCUGCCAAGAUGGAGAGGACCCCGAAGGUUCGUGCAAGAGAUGCGUCAAUCACCCUGAUAGCAUAGCGGUGACUCCCGGCAUGCUUCGUCCGCUCUGUUGGCGCCCGAAUAUUGGUUCGACGGAAGUCUUUCGUCGAGAUUCAGGCCCAUCCCUCGAUUUCGCCGCAUCGCUGCGAGGCAACAGCGAAGAUGCUGGGCCGGGAAAGCAAGCCUUGUGGAAACACUUUGCAACUCGUCGAAGCGGGAGCGACUCGGCGCGCAUCGUCGAGUUGUCACAGUACUGGACGGGGAACAAGUUGAGCAUCCGACUCGACAGGUACCAGCCCAUGGAGACGGACAAGCAGUUCUACACCUGGUACGAAGACGGCAAGGAGAGACAGUUUCGAACUCCGGCAUUUGGCAUUGCAAACUUGGGGUUGGCGACUUCGGCCAUCGAGAAGUUCCAGGCACAGAAUGCCGAGGCAUAUAUCGAGGCCCAUCUGCGCACGGCGACCGAGCUCACGCGCAAGACUUUCCGCACCGCUCAAGCACAUGGGUCUCUCCCCCUCGUCGAGCGUGCCCUCAAGCUCUGGGUCGCCUGCCGCUUCAUUGAAGAACCAUGGUCCAUCGUCGGCCGCGAGAAGCUUGAUAUGGUGACCGACCCCAACCCAGCCUGUCCGUACCACGACCGCGUCCCGGUACCUCCCAUCGUCGACCUGCAAAUCGAUCUCAUCGUCGUCAACGAGAUUCUGCAGCCGGAACUCAAGAAGAUCUUGAAGAUGCUGAAGGAGAAACUGGAGUCGAGCGAGCCAUGGAGCGAUUGGUUCGAGAUAUAUCUCGCUUAUUUCAUCUUGCUGCAUAAUGUGGAGUUGACCAUGGCGCACGACGCGUGGUUCGUCAAGAGAAAUAAUUUGAAGGUGCCGGUCGUACAGAGGAAGUACUCGAACAAAUCCCUCAUCGACACCAUCACUCAAGGUGCCACCACACUCCUCACCUGCUUCCACUACGCCCACCAAGGCUACGCCCCGUUCUCCGAACCACAGCUGGAAUGCACUCAGCGCUUCCCGGAGGAUCAACGGGAGUACCUCCGCGGUACCCGCCCGCUUCUGAAGAUGAUCAGAGGAGAUCAUGUGAGUGACCCGGCGAAGGAGCUUUUCUGGACGAGCCAGUUGCACCGCCCGGACUGGCGACCGGUUGUCUUGAUGUGUUGA